AUGGUCAUCAAAGGCACGCAACUAGAUGGCGUCGCCCUUGUUGUCGGCGCUGGUCGUGGAAUCGGUCAACAAACCGCCUAUUCUCUAGCCGAAGCUGGUGCGCGCGUCAUCGUCUUCGCUGAUAUGAACAGCGAAACGGCCACCGCCUCUGCGGAGGAGAGCAAGCAAUACGCCACAAACCCCGAAUAUCAAUCUACCAACUUCACAGUCAAUGUCACCGACCAAGAUGGUGUGCAAGCUAUGGUUGAUUUUGUGGUCGAGAAGUUCGGACGCCUGGACUAUGCGGUGAAUGCAGCCGGUAUUGAUAACGGCGUCCACACCCCAUUCGCCGAUACUGAUAUCGAGAACUUUGACCGCAUCCAGACUGUCAACGCUCGCGGCAUGUUUCUCUGCUGCCGCGCCGAAGCCGCUGCAAUGCGCAAGCAGACCUCACGUAGCUUCACUAGCCGCACCGGCACACGAGAUAUCGGUCGCGGAGCUAUCGUGAACGUCUGUUCAGCCAACUCUUUCGCCGGACUUAUCGGAAAGGGGUCGUAUACUGUCUCUAAGCAUGCUUGUAUGGCGGUGACAAAAAUGGUUGGACUGGAUCACUCUGCCGAAGGUAUCCGCUGUAACGCUGUCUGCCCUAUCUGGGUUCGCACACCGUUACUCGACGUCGAACUGGAGCGGAACCCCCAGGUGCGUGCGGAGAUCGAAGCUGUCGUGCCCAUCAAGCGCGCCGCCGAUAGCGAGGAAGUCGGUGAUUCAAUUGCCUACCUGCUGAGUCCGUCGGCAAGCUACGUGAACGCGACAAGUUUGUUGUUGGAUGCGGCGGUCACAGCAACUUUGCGAUUUCAUUAG